GAUCAAAGUUUUAGGGUUCCUAGUGGAAUAGGCGAUGGGAGAAGGGAUCACGGAGGUGGAUCGGCUGGAGGCGCUGGUGGAUGAAGGCGUCGGCGAUGUUGCUCGGUAUCUAGCUCUCAUUCGCAAGCUCAAGCUGCGCAGAUCUAGUAAGGUCGCCAAGCACGGGAUGGAGCUGCUUAGAAAUUCCAGCGCCAGGGCCAAGCUGGGAGCUGACGUCUGGACCGUGUACGAGCAGGUUGCGAUCGCCGCAUUGGACUGUCAAUGCUUGACCGCUGCAAAGGAGUGCAUUGGAGCUUUGCUGAAGAAGUUCCCGGAUAGCACUCGAGUGGGGCGUCUGGAAGGAAUGUGGUUUGAAGCAAGGGGAUCGUGGCAACAAGCCGAGAAAGUCUAUGCUAGCAUUCUAGAGGAGCACCCGACUGAUGCAAGAAUACUUAAGAGAAAGAUAGCGAUGGCAAAAGCUCAAGGAAACCUGAUGGGUGCAGUUGAUGAAAUGAACAAAUACCUUGAACUGUUCAUGGCUGAUCACGAGUGCUGGAAAGAACUCGCAGACGUUUACCUCGCGCUGCAAAUGUACAAACAAGCUGCAUUUUGCUACGAGGAACUCAUCUUGGUACAACCCGCGAAUGCUUUGUUUCACUUGGGGUAUGCCGAGAUUUUGUACACGAUAGGUGGCUUGGAAAACUUGAAAACAGCCAAGAAAUACUACGCAUCGGCGAUUGAGCUAAGCGGAGGCAAAAAUAUGCGAGCUCUCUACGGUGUUUGCCUCUGCGCUGCUGGGAUCAACCAGGCCAAGGGCCGGAACGUUAAAGACGAGAAAGAGAACUCUACCGUGCACACUCUCGCGGCCGACGUGAUCAAAAGGGAAUACAGAUUGAAAGCUCCAAAGAAGGCCAGUUUGGCGGCUUCCAUUUUGGAGGCUUGACGAAGUGCUUAAAACGCGAGCUACCACUGGGAGAGAACAAAUGGGGGUCGCAUCCAUCCAAUGGUAGCGAUUUGUUUGAUAUAUAUCAAAGUAUACUAAUAUAUUCCUUGUCCGGAUUCCAAAGUCUCA